CAUUGUACUACUGUUAUAUGAGUGUUUCUCACUCCAAUUAUGGCCCCUCUUUGAGGUUCUCUAUUUCAGUAUCUGUCAUUUUUGGGGCCAACUGUGAUCUGAAGUUCAUGUUAUCUACCAUCCCAACACCCUAGAUUUGACAUAUGGGGUUUUCAAGAAACACCCACUCUUUAUGAGGUCUCAUUGCAUGCAAAGUUGAGCUUCAGAGUUGAGAGAGCAUCCAUGGAGGCCACUGCUUGCCGGUUCUUGAUAUUCCUGUCUCUUAUUUCAGCUGUUUGUGGUGUUACAGACCCGAAUGAUUUGGGAAUUUUGAAUGAUUUGAGAAAGGGUUUGAAGAAUCCUGAGCUUUUGAAAUGGCCUGCAAAAGGGGAUGACCCUUGUGGGCCUCCAACAUGGCCACAUUUGGUGUGCAGUGAGGGGAGAGUGGAGCAGAUUAGUGUUAUGGGUUUAGGGUUGGAAGGGCCUUUGCCUCAGAACUUGAAUGGGUUGUCAAAGCUGACACAUUUGAGUCUGCAGAACAACAAAUUCAGUGGAAAGUUGCCAUCUUUGAGUGGGUUGUCUGAAUUGCAGUAUGCAUAUCUUGAUUUCAAUAGAUUUGACACAAUCCCUUCAGAUUUCUUUGAUGGGGUUGUGAAUUUGCAGGUUUUGGCAUUGGAUGGGAACCCUCUGAAUGCCACUAAUGGGUGGUUAUUGCCAAAUAAGUUGCAAGAUUCAGCUCAAUUGACUAAUCUUACACUUAUGAACUGCAAUUUGGGUGGCCCUUUGCCUGAAUUCUUGGGCAGUAUGGCCUCAUUGGAGGUCUUGUUGCUAUCCAUGAAUCGCCUCUCGGGGCCUCUGCCGGAGAGUUUCAGAGGCUCUAUGUUGAAGAUGCUCUGGUUGAAUGACCAGUCAGGUGAAGGGAUGAAUGGUCCAAUAGAUGUAGUUGCCACUAUGGGAUCACUCACUAGUUUAUGGCUUCAUGGCAACCAAUUUUCAGGCAAAAUCCCAGAGGGUAUUGGGAAAUUGGCUUACUUGCAGGAUCUAAACCUAAAUACUAACAAUCUUGUUGGUCUGAUUCCCAGUAGCUUAGUAGAUAUGCCCUUAGGUCAUCUUGAUUUGAACAAUAAUCAUUUCAUGGGUCCUAUGCCAAAGUUCAAGGCUCAAAAUGUUACCAUGAAAUCCAACCCCUUUUGCCAGACCCUACCUGGUGCCCCUUGUGCCCCAGAAGUUAUGGCCCUUCUGCAAUUCCUUGAUGCCAUGAAUUACCCAUUGAACCUUGUUGAUUCAUGGUCAGGCAAUGACCCCUGUGGCGCGGAUUGGCGGGGAGUUAGCUGUGAUGCUAACCAUAAGGUCAGUAUCAUAAACUUGCCUAAGUUUAAUCUUUCUGGUAGCUUAAGCCCUUCCAUUGCAAACCUUAGUUCUCUUGCUCGCGUGUUUCUUGAAUCGAAUAAUAUCUCUGGACCGAUUCCAAAAACUUGGACCGGGUUGAAAUCUUUGGUGGUGUUGGAUUUGCGGGAUAAUAACCUCUUGCCUCCUGUGCCACACUUUAGUGAUUCUGUUAAGCUUGUGUUGAGUGGAAACUCUCUGCUGAAUUCUAAUCAUUCGGGUGCUAGCUCCUCGAGAAAAAACGACACCUCCUCUCGAGGCUCACAAUCAUUAUCGCCAUUGCCAUCAUCACCAUUGUUACCUCAUAAAGGAUCAAACAGUGGUGAUGCAGCUCCAUAUGUGGUGGAAUCACCACAAAACAGAAGAUCAGAUAAGUCUAAGAUAGUUGUGAUUGUGGCCCCUCUUGCCUGUUUUGUGAUUUUGGUGUUUCUAGCUUUGCCACUCUCAAUUUAUGCCUAUAAGAAGAGUAAAGACAGUCCCCCCUCUCUUGUGAUUCAUCCUAGAAAUCCAUCAGAUUCAGAUAACAUGAUCAAGAUUGCUGUUGCCAAUAACACGAGUGGCAGUCGUUCCACGUUAACUGGAAGCGAUUCCACGAGCACACACGGUAGCGAGUCUCACAUGAUCGAAUCCGGCAACCUAGUCAUAUCAGUUCAAGUUCUUAGGAACAUAACCAAGAACUUUUCCCCCGAAAAUGAACUUGGGCGGGGCGGUUUUGGAGUGGUCUACAAAGGUGAAUUAGAGGAUGGAUCAAAAAUUGCAGUUAAAAGAAUGGAGUCUGGGGUGAUUACAACCAAAGCCUUGGAAGAAUUCCGGUCUGAGAUCGAUGUUCUUUCCAAAGUUCGCCAUCGCCACCUAGUAUCUCUUCUAGGAUACUCAGUACAAGGCAACGAAAGACUCCUCGUUUAUGAGUACAUGCCUCAAGGCGCUCUCAGCAAGCACCUUUUCCAGUGGAAGAGUCUGAAGUUAGAGCCUUUAUCUUGGAAACGGAGGCUAAACAUCGCGUUGGAUGUUGCUCGAGGCAUGGAGUAUCUUCACACACUGGCACAUCAAAGCUUCAUACACCGAGAUCUCAAGUCCUCGAAUAUCUUACUUGGAGAUGAUUUCAGAGCCAAAGUAUCGGACUUUGGCCUAGUGAAACUCGCCCCUGAUGGAGCAACGUCUGUUGUCACGAGGCUGGCUGGAACAUUUGGUUAUCUAGCACCCGAAUAUGCAGUUACUGGCAAAGUCACCACGAAAGCAGAUGUUUUCAGCUUCGGUGUUGUGCUAAUGGAGCUGUUAACUGGACUAAUGGCACUCGACCAGGACAGGCCCGAGGAGAGCCAGUAUUUGGUGUCGUGGUUCUGGAGCGUGAACUCGAGCAAAGACGGGCUGUUUGCAGCCAUUGAUCCAGCGCUGGAUGCCAAACAAGAAACGCUCGAGAGCAUUUCCACGAUAGCAGAACUCGCCUGCCACUGCACUGCUCGAGAGCCUAACCAGCGGCCCGACAUGGGGCAUGCUGUGAGCGUGCUCUCCCCGCUCGUCGAGAAAUGGAAGCCUCUCGACGAUGACACGGAGGAGUACUGUGGCAUCGACUACAGCCUCCCGCUUAACCAAAUGGUGAAGGGGUGGCAGGAAGCCGAAGGGAAGGACUCGAGCAGCAUCGUGGGCCUCGACGACAGUAAGGGCAGUAUCCCAGCAAGGCCUACUGGCUUUGCAGAAUCCUUCACCUCAGCUGAUGGUAGAUAGAGAUGAUGUGAGGUACUUUGCCCCCAAUUCCCAUUUGAUUCAGAUGAUAAAGCCUUUUCAUUGUUCAAUUCUCUCUUUUGUUCUGUGAGAUCAUAUGAAUGAUUGAUUGUAUUUAUGCAAUUGUCCAUUUCUUGGGAAAAUUGUGAAAUUUCAAUUCAAAAGCUUUGAGUGUAUGAAUUGUAGACUGCAAUUUCCAUGAGAUUGAGAUGCCUUUGGCUUGCAGAAACAACCA